AGAGAACCAUUUUUUUUUUUAUACGAAUUUGACACGACAUAGGAAAAACCACUCUAUUAAAUUAAUUUCUUAUUAAUUUCUUAAUAAUAAUUAAUUAAUAUUUAAUUAAUGUAUAUAUCAUUAUUUAGUAUUAUUUAGUAUUAGUUAGUAGUAUUAGUUAGUAUUAGUAGAAUUAGAAUGGAAAUGAUUGAAAAAGAAUAUAAUUGAUAUAUAAUUGAAAAAAGGUUUCACCAUAUCAUAUAUAGUGAAGAGUGAGGUAAUAUUCUAAAUUCCCACAAAACAAAGGAUAAUCAUUUCUCUCAAUACUUACUCGUUACGUUAUUAGUUAAUAAUCCUAGCGAUUGGCUCUAUAUACUUAUCUUCUGAUUCUGAUUUUUUAUCUAUAUGCUUUUUGGAUAGGAAAUGAAAACUAUUCAAAUGAAAAAUGAUUUCGAAUGACUAUUCAUCUAUUGUAUUUUCUUGCAAAUAGGGGGCAAGAAAGCUCUAUGGAAAAGUGGCGAUUCAAUUCGAUAUUGUCUAACGCGAAGUUUGACCACAGGUGUGGGCUAAGUAAAUCAAUGGACAGUCUCGGUCCUAUUGAAAAUAUCAGUGGAAGUGAAGAUCGGGUUUUAAAUGAUACGGGGAAAAGCAUUCAUAGUUGGGGUGAUAGUGACAGUUUUAGUUACAGUAAUUUUUACCAUUUAUUCGGCGUCAGAGAUAAUCGGAAUUUCAUCUCUGAUGACACUUUUUUAGUUAGGUAUAGAAAUGGAGGCGGUUAUUACAUAUAUUUUGAUAUUGAAAAUCAUAUUUUUGAGAUUGACAAUGAUCAUUCUUUUCUUAAUGAACUAGAAAGUUCUUUUUAUAGUUAUCAGAAUUCUAGUUAUCUGAAUAAUGGAUCUAAGAGUGACGACCCCUACUAUGAUCGUUACAUGUAUGACGGUAAAUAUAGUUGGAAUAAUCACAUUAAUAGUUGCAUUGACAGUUAUCUUCAUUCUCGGAUCCGUAUUGAUAGUUCCAUUUUAAGCGGUAAUGAUAAUUACAAUGACAGUUACGUUUCGAGUUUCAUUUGUGGUGAAAGUGGGAAUAGUAGUGAAAACAAGAGUUCCGGUAUAAAAACUAGCACGAAUGGUAGUGAUUUAACUAUAAGAGAAAACUCUAAUGAUCCUGAUGCAACUCAAAAAUACAGGCAUUUGUGGGUUCAAUACGAAAAUUGUUAUGGAUUAAAUUAUAAGAAAUUUUUUAAGUCAAAAAUGAAUAUUUGUGAACAAUGUGGAUAUCAUUUGAAAAUGAGUAGUUCGGAUAGAAUCGAACUUUCGAUUGAUCCAGGUACUUGGGAUCCUAUGAAUGAAGACAUGGUAUCUCUGGAUCCCAUUGAAUUUCAUUCAGAGGAGGAACUUUAUAAAGAUCGUAUAGAUUCUUAUCAAAGAACGACAGGAUUAACGGAGGCUGUUCAAACAGGCAUAGGUAAACUAAACGGUAUUCCCGUAGCAAUUGGAGUUAUGGAUUUUCAGUUUAUGGGGGGUAGUAUGGGAUCCGUAGUAGGGGAGAAAAUCACCCGUUUGAUCGAAUAUGCUACCGAUAAAUUUUUACCCCUUAUUAUAGUGUGUGCUUCCGGGGGGGCACGUAUGCAAGAAGGAAGUUUGAGCUUGAUGCAAAUGGCUAAAAUCGCUUCUGUUUUACAUGAUUAUCAAUCGAAUAAAAAGUUAUUCUAUGUAUCAAUCCUUACAUCCCCCACUACAGGUGGGGUGAUAGCUAGUUUUGGUAUGUUGGGGGAUAUCAUUAUUGCUGAACCCAAUGCCUACAUUGCAUUUGCAAGUAAAAGAGUAAUUGAACAAAUAUUGAAUACGACAGUACCCGAAGGUUCACAAGUGGCUGAAUAUUUAUUCCAUAAGGGCUUAUUCGAUCCAAUCGUACCACGUAAUCCUUUAAAAGGCGUUCUGAGUGAGUUAUUUCAGUUCCACGCUUUCUUUCCUUUGAAUCAAAAUUCAAUCAAGUAGAGUAUUAAGUUCAAUUAUUUUAUUUGUAGAAAGCAAGUAGUUAGUUUAUCGGAAUCAAAGUAAAAAUCAGAAGAAUGAAAUUUUCUUUGCUGACAUAAGAUCUAAUUGUGGAAAGAUGAAUAAGUUUAUUUAUUUAGUUCUACAUUCUUUUCGUAUUCUUUUCACUUAUUAUUUCUUAAAUUAACUUGCUUAGAUACUUAAGAUCUAUUUAGUAUAAUUAUAGAAUAUACGAAUUCUAUUUUUUAGUUAGAAGAUAUCCUUUCACUUAUCUACUUGUAAAAUGAAUAAUCAAUUUAUAGAAAUACAAUAAAUAACAAUAUAACAAUAACAAAUACAAAUAUACAAUUGAGGUAUCCAUUCUAUGACAACUGCAAACUUACCCUCUAUUUUUGUGCCUUUAGUUGGCUUAGUAUUUUCGACAAUUGCAAUGGCUUCUUUAUUUCUUCAUGUUCAAAAAAACAAGAUUGUUUAGACUGAUAGGACCAAAUCUUAUUCAUUUUUUUGUAAAGACUUAGACUUGGAUUCUCGAAUUCGAACAAAAGAAAUAUAGAUAGGGGAAUAGGGUAUAACGUGUGGCUUCCUCCGAACAUAAAUGAAGGAACUCUUAUGCAUGCGGAAACGCGAUAUAGGUACGUGAAUUAUAGCUAUUUUCAUCAGGAUCAUCAGAUGUAUGAAAUGGAAAGUCAAUGUAUCUAGAUAUAGGUAGAUAUCUAUAGUAGGAUCAUAUGAGGGGGAUGUUAUUUAAUCAAUUACUUCUAAAGGUUCACAUCAGAAUAGUGCUAGUUGAUGAGCGUUGCUUCGGAAAUAAAAAGGAGAAAGUCAAAUUCAUUUAGGUUCUUCUUUCAAUUCCAAUAAACUCAAUUCCAAUAAAAUGCAACUAGAUCUAGUAUGAAUUGGCAAUCAGAACGUAUAUGGAUAGAACUUAUAACAGGUUCUCGAAAAAUAAGUAAUUUUUUCUGGGCUUUUAUCCUUUUUUUAGGUUCCGUAGGAUUUUUAUUGGUUGGAACUGCCAGUUAUCUGGGUAGGAAUUUGAUAUCUUUAUUUCCAUAUCAACAAAUAAUUUUUUUUCCACAAGGGAUCGUGAUGUCUUUCUAUGGGAUCGCGGGUCUCUUUAUUAGCUCCUAUUUGUGGUGCACAAUUUCGUGGAAUAUAGGUAGUGGUUAUGAUCGAUUCGAUAGAAAAGAAGGAAUAGUGUGUGUUUUUCGUUGGGGAUUUCCUGGAAAAAAUCGUCGUAUCUUCCUCCGAUUCCUUAUUAAAGAUAUUCAGUCCAUCAGAAUAGAAGUUAAAGGGGGUAUUUAUACUCGUCGUGUCCUUUAUAUGGACAUCAGAGGCCAAGGGGCCAUUAUUCCCUUGACUCGUACUGAUGAGAAUUUGACUCCACGAGAAAUUGAACGAAAAGCUGCCGAAUUGGCCUAUUUCUUGCGUGUACCAAUGGAAUUGAAAUGAACUGAAGAAUGUGAAUGCUUUCUAAACAGGAGGGAUAAAACUAAAAAAUCUCUUUCUAGCAUAACUUAACUGAAGUUUUUUCAGAGUGCUCAUUCGAGCCAAAGCUAUACGGAACAAACAUAAUACGAAAAUAAGAAACUGUUUUUGUCCACAAAAAUGGACUUUUAUACAUAUAGAAAUCCAACCAACUCAAUUGAGUAACAAAACAAGUAACAAAUCGAAAUAAUAG